CUAGACAGAUCAUGAGCUUGGAUUGUGUCAUGAAAAUAUUUAAACAGCUUUCAUUUCUUACUUCCUACUUUCAACAGGAACAUGGCGUCUGUACUAAAACCUUUAUAACACUGAGUAACUGGAUAAUUAUAAUGGCUUUAAAUGAACACUGUGAUAGAGUGGACACAACAACACUGAAAUGUAACUACAUUCCCAAAGAUGUUCCACAUGGAAUUUCCUCAGUUCGUAUUGUGGAUUUUAUAAAACAGCAUAAAAGCUUUGAAGUGAACAGUUCACACUUUGAGACAGGAAACUGGGAAAGGAUCAAAUCACUCCAGUUAACAUCCAGUGAAUCUGAAUUGCACAUCUCAAUUACUUUUAAGUCUAAAUGUUUCCAUGGAUUAAAAAUUCUUCAUGACUUGCAAAUACAUAUAAAGAUAAAAAUACGUAUUGAUCCAGAUGUCUUUAUUGGACUGGACACGCUGAAGUUGUUAGACAUGAGCCAAUGUGUACGACUCUAUCUCAAAGAUCUGAUACCAUCUCUUAAAGGUGCAGACCUUAGUUUAUUUUGGGUAGUUAACAGUACACUGAAUAUAAGUGGACCGAUUAAACUGAGUACCCAAGAAGUGACUUUCAGACAAAACAAUGUCAAAUAUCUAGAUGUUGACGUACAGUGUAACAUCCAUGCAGCACCUACUAUUAAACGUUUUGAUCUUGCACAAAAUGGACUUGAAUUCCUACAUCCAAGUAUACCUGCAUGUUUCCCAAACCUUGAAAAAGUGGAUCUUUCAAGCAAUCAACUUUAUAAAAUGUUUCAAGAACACUAUCUGUUAUUUGAGCAAUUACCUAAUUCCCUACGCCGACUAAGAAUGAUUAACUUAUCAACAAACUUUCUGACAAGUAUACCAGAAGAUAUUUUCAUUCAGAAUCAUGACUUGGAGAUUAUCGACCUGUCACAUAAUGAAUUAGACCAGGUUACCUUUACCCUGCGAAAUCUAGAAAAACUUGCAGUACUUGACCUUCAGUAUAACAGGAUAAAGAUUCUAAAUGGAAUGUCUAUAAAUAAUUUAAACAUGGCCCCCAUGAACACAAUGGUAUCUAAACUUAAAGAUAUAAAAGCAACUAUACACCUAGAAUAUAACCCUAUCUCAUGUUCAAAGUGUGAAGCAAAGAAGUUCAUCAACUGGCUUACAAGUACCAAAUCAGUGAAUAUUCCCACAGCUAAUCUCCGAUGUAUUACCGAGGACGGCUCUACACAACCUAUCAAUCACCAUGCACUAGAACUUGUACAGGGCAUCUGUAACAAGGAGACAAUUAUAAUAUCUACAUGUGCAUCAGUGGGACUAAGUGCACUUAUUGCUAUGGUUACCGCGACUAUAAUAUACAAAUAUCGCAAAUGGGCAAGGUAUAUAGCUAAAAGGAAAACAUUAUUAAACAAGUUACAAGAAGGUCAAGGUCAGUAUGAAUUUGUUACAUUUUUAUCCUAUGACAGUGAUGACAUAAACUUUGUACAAGAUUAUUUGCUGGAUAUUUUGAAUGAAAAUCUGCAACUAAUGACUGGUCUAGACAGAAACCUAGUCUGUACUGUUGACAUGUACGGCCGACCAGGUUACAUGAAGCUCAAUGAGACUGCUCUAUGUAUUGAGAGAGCGUCAGCUGUCAUCAUGGUGGUGUCUGACAGUUUCUGCUCUAGCAUGGACUGUCACCAUGAAGUAGAUCAAGCAUAUCGUCUCAACAAACCUAUCAUACUGAUGAUGAAAGGACAUGUGGAUGAAAACUUGAUGAUGCCCACCAUGAAAAUGCUCUUCAACAGUAAUGUCAGAAUACUAUGGACACUUGAAAAUGAUGAGUAUAUAUUGAAAACAACAUGGGAAAAUGUAUGCACAUCUGUAUUAGAUCUCAUAGUUCAAAAUGAGUGUGGUUAAAUAAGACUGACAAAAGGAACUACAGCCUUAGAAUGCUUAAAUAACUCAUGUUUAGAAGAAAAUGAUGUCACUGUCAUCAGACAACACUGAUGCUCCUGUGCAUUACAUAAACAUUCAUUGAUGCUGUACAACAUAUCUAAUCCAUUUAUUGGGACUUGAACAUUUCUGUAAGACGGACUGAUUUUCCAAAUAGACGAAUUUGAUAAAUUAGUUUCAACUGUAUAUUAAAAUUAUCCCUGUUGGUUCAUGCAUCUAGUCCUAUCCUGGAAUGACAUGGAAUUGAAUUCAACAAACAAACCAAUUUGUUUUUCUUGACUUUGAAACUAUUUCUUUACAUCUUAUUUCUUCAAUCUUUUUAUGUAUUUUGAACAUAAGCAUUAAAUUCUAUUUCUUAGUUUAACCUAACCAAAAAUAUAUAGUUCAGUGAGCCUUUUUGGGGCAAUUAUUCAAAGUGUAAAUACAUGUUUUUUUUUUUUUUUUUCAUUUCUUGUAUAAUGCAGUAUUCACCUUUUUAUAAUUUUA